AUGGGGAAACAGAACAAAAUACUGACCAUGGUGAUCGACAAGUUCAUGGGUAAGCAAGAGAAGAUGAUAGAGUUGCUGCUUGGAAUCCCCAUCCGCUACAGCUGCCUGCUGCCCCCGGCGCCGCCGAUACAGGCUGAUGUCGGUGCAGCCUGCACGGCCGGCGUUGAGGGGAGGCACAACCAUCGCUCGAGCGCACCGCACCACGCGAGGGGUAAAAACCACCCAAAAAAACGCAAGGGCGCACCGCACCACACGAGCAAGCGAGCGGUCGCGCUACUGCGCCAGGGCCACAGCAAUCGAGCAAGAGGAAAAACAGCCCCGCGCCCCUCACUCCUCCCUCCCUCGUCCGCCGCCACUCCCUCCCACCUCCUCCUCCUCCUACGCUCUAGGAGCCCCGCCGCCGACUGCUACUCCUCCACCGCCUCGCCUCUUCCCCCUCCUUGCCUUCCCAUCGCUCGUCUUCAGGCUGCAGCGGUGAUUCCCGAUCUGAGCCGUCUUUUCUUUUCCCGUCCCACUCGCCUCCCCCUCCUCGUCACCCUCCUCUCUCUCUCUCCCCCGCGGCUAGGAUUCGGGCUAGGGUUCGGGCGCCUUCCCUUCUCUCCUCCUCUACCCAACGCCGCCUCCCCUCCUUUCUCUCCUUCUCCACUAACGAGGCCGGGCCAGGAGCAGCGAGGCCGGGGCGGCGGCGCGGAAGAAACUGUGGGCUCUCCUCCGCAAAUCUCUACCGGGACGACGGUAGCCGGAGGAGGAUCCCCGGUCAACGGCGCCCCGGGCGCUCACUGCCAAGAAGCCGCCGGAGGAGGAACUCGACCUGGACGACCGCCGCUGGACGAAGAGCCCCGAAAAAAAUCCCCCAACCACCCCUGCGCCACCGCCUCUUCACCUUCGACCACGGGUUGCAACGGUCAGAGGACCAAGUUGGAGCAUACUAGGCAAAUGGGCCUUGCCGUGAGUCGUGGUGCAACAGUGACCUCGAUGGGCAGGGCAAUGGUCAGAUACGAGUCAGCACCAAAGGUUGUACGGGGGCAGUUAAUGAAUAUACUUGUGACACUUAUACUCAGCAAUGCCGACAAACAUGGUUUAUGAUGAUAUUGGUGGUCUGAAGCUUUAGAUCGUCGGGGCUGCUCUCAUUCGUUCAAUUUGCCAGUGAUCCUUCCAUUCUACUGCUGCUCAUUAUUAUCAUAUGAAGGAGGUGUUCUUCCGUUACAAUACUCCUGACGUGUUUCAUGAAAUGUCUAUGAGCUGGAACAUGUAUAACCUUUCAAGUUCACUGAUGUGGUUACCACUACAACACACGUCCCUCUAAGGACCAAGGGUGGGCAUGAUCUUCUACAAGGUUGUCUGUGACUAUUAGUACGGGAUCAACUUUGCGGUGUCCCCAUUGCUUCAAGUCAAGCUAAUAGAGCUAAAUGGGUAUCCAAUUUUAGAAAGCACACUUAAGAAACAUGCACACGUGUCUUUAGAUCCUAUGGAGCAUUCCUAAUAAUGACCAUCUAUUUAACUAUCUUGGAUCAUUACCAUUACAAAAUGCAGCAUGGCAUUCAUAAUGUUCAGUUAUUCAUAAAUGUGGCAUUUAAUUAUUCUCUUGGCAUGAUAUUUAAGCAUGUUGCAUAUACCAAUCUGUUGAUAAUUCAAUUAUUGAUUCUGAUGUACAAACAUGCAAAACCAUUGCCUGUUUGGAUGAUGCACAUGAGUAUGUUUUUGUUAGUUUUCGGUGAUGUACGUCGUGAAGCGGGACGGGCGGACGGAGACGGUGCACUUCGACAAGAUCACGGUGUGGUUCAAGAAGCUCAGCUAUGGGCUCAGCCAGGAGCACCGCGACCCCGUGCUUGGUCUGCGUCAGGGUAUACAUGGGCGUCACCACCAGCCAGCUCGACGAGCUCGCCGCCGAGACCGCCGCCGCGCUCACGGCCUCCCAGCCUGACUAUGCCUCCCUCGCGGCGAGGAUUGUUGUGCCCAACCUGCCGCCAAGUGGAAAUAGUCUGUGUGGCACUUGUAAAUAGAGAGCAUUCUGGUAGAAAGGUACAGGAAAGAAUAGGGGAACUUCUGUCAUUUUCUUUGGUCUCUGAAAAAUAAAUGGUGAUAUGGGCUGAUACAUUGCUAAAUUACAUGAUACAAACUCACUUCUUUUUUUA